ACAAAACAAAAACGGCUGGAAAAUAAAGGAAAGAAAAGCCAAAGCUAACGAGCGCUAAAGAGCAACAAAAACGCGAGAAGAAAAGCCGAUACAGACACCAAAAAAAAAGAGUGAAAAGAGUAAAAACUUUUGAUUGAAAAUUUUCAUUGUGCUUUCAGUUUUCGACUCCCAUUUUUGAUUGUGUAAAUUUUUGAUUAAAAGAAGCAAAGAAAAACAAAAGCACCCGCGCGAAAAGUGAAAACAAUAUCAAAAACAAAACGAAGCAAACUACGAGACACGAGAGUGCCCCCUCUGUCGUUUGUUUGACAGUCUGUCAUGACAGUUCGAGACUUUGUUCUGCUAUAUUUUUUAUUGUUUAUGAACAGCAAGAUCGGCGCCUGCAGCCAUAAACAUAUGUGAGACUUAUAGGCGGACCCCCGCGCCACCCCCUCACAAUUCUCAUAAACCAAAUUGAGACGUGAAUCCAGCAAAAAAUAGUGACUCUUGGGCAAGUGAGUCGUGCAAUAAAACGUUGCGUUGCGGGUCUUUGUCGGUGUCUGGCAACCAUCUUAACGUCCUGAAACGAGGCACUUUUCUCGUUGACAAAGUAACGCAUUUGGGCGAUAAGGAGAAAAACGACGACCGAUAAACGGGAAACGAGAAAAUGAGCAGCCUGCAAGGACAGGGACAGAAACAGAAACAGGACAAACAGCUCCCCAACAACAGCAGAAGGAGGAGGAGGAGCGCCAGGAUGGCGGCACGGGCACAACUAUUGCUCUUUAUCAGCAUCGCAUUCGCAUCAUGUUUGCCGGGCAUCGAGUGCUUUCAGCGGUUCUCAGAACAGCCCAAGUACACGGAAGUGAAUCCCGGACAGGAUACGCUGCUCACAUGCAAAGUAAUCGACAAGCGGGGCACGUGCUCCUGGCAGAAGGAUAACAAGCCCGUUGGCAUCUAUACGAAGAAAUACGAAUGGGCCUCACGUAUGGGUACGAACGAGAAUGGGAAUGUCUUACAUCUGGAUCUCCAUCCGCCGGCAGAGCAAAUUGGCGGCGACUGCUCGCUGUGGAUACGCUCCGCUACGCUGGACUUUGACGACGGCCUGUGGGAGUGCCAAGUGACGGCCAGUGAUUUUACCACGCAGGAUGCCCUGACCAGUCAACCGGUUCGCCUGGUCGUACGUGUGGCGCCACAGCGUCCUCGACUCGAGUACGAGGCCGUCCACGUGCCGCCGGGGCACAACAUCACCGUCGAUGCUGGCGCCAUGGCGACAGUGAAGUGUGUCUCACAUUAUGGUAAUCCGCCGGCCACCCUCAAAUGGUAUUUGGGCGACCAGGAGAUCUCUGCGAUGCACCCACAAAUGAAUGCCACCGAGCCGGAUAAUCCACGCACUUGGUCCUCCACCUCCGUGGUGCAAGUGUCGGCAAUGCGAGAGCGUCACGGAGACAUGCUGCGCUGUGCGGCCUUCCACGAGUCCUACUCGGCCAAAUCGACGCCCGUCGAAGCCCGCCUCGAUGUGAAAUAUGCGCCGAGCAUUCGUCUAAUUGGCUCACCGGAAAUCGACUUGGAGGAGGAUAAGGAUGCGCUCGUCCUGCGCUGCGUGGCCGAUGCCAAUCCGCCGGCGAGCAUCGUCUGGCGACGGGCUGGUCGCUCCGAGAUAGCUAGCCUACAGGAAACUCUACAAUUGCGUCCCGUUGGGCGGAGGGAUGCUGGACUGUACACCUGCCAGGCGCAGAAUUCGGUGGGAACCUCGGAGCAGCUGUCGGUGCAGUUGGAUGUGAAAUAUCCGCCCAAAAUUGUUUCAGCUGGCCCGGAUCGCCUCACCACCGCUCCCCUGUUCAGUCCGGCUGCCUUCGAGUGCGUUGCAGAGGGUAAUCCCAUGCCAUCCUAUAAAUGGGUGCAGAGAAUCUCGCAUGGCUCCAAGUAUGUGGAACGGGGCAACGAGCCCCGUCUCGUCAUCGACAAUGUCACCUACGAGUAUCAGGGCGAGUACGAGUGCCGUGCCACCAGCUACAUCAAUGGCCAGGAGCGAGUGGCCAUAUCCGAUCCGGUCUCCCUGCAAGUUGUGGGUGCCCCACAGGUUCUACGUCUGCAUCCUUCGAUGCACACCAUCUCCGUGAAAAGAGGAGAGUCCGCCAUCCUGACAAUGGUCGUCUGUGCGGAUCCACGGCCACUGCGCGUCGCCUGGGAAUGGGGUUCACUGCGUCUCGAGGCCGGUUCGGGAAUAGAUCGCUUCCGGGCGGAUGAUAUGCUGCAGGACUCUCGCGAGGAUUGCUACCUGUCCACCCUGAACAUCCAUCACACCGAUGAGCACGACUCCCGGCCAUAUUAUCUAGUGGUGGAGAACGAGCGGGGCACUGAUCGCCAUGCCAUACAUUUGAUUGUGGAGGGUACGUUUGCAGAACCUUACGAGAUGAGCUACAUGAUGGGCGUGGCCGGUGGCUGCAUGGCCGCCAUCCUGCUGCUUGUGUGCCUCUGCAUUUAUGCGAUCAAGAGCAAGAGGUGCUGCUUCAAGGGUUCCACUGGCUAUAAAUCAUCGGAUAAAGACAGCGAGAAAGCUGAUUUGAAAUCACGCUCCGAUAGCACGAGUGGCCCUCAAGGUGAUUCGAUUUACACGACGCCCGCCGGCUUCCAUCAUCACCAACAGCAGCAGCAGCAGCAGCAGCAACAACAGCAGCAGCAACAACAGCAGGCUGCUGCGGCAGUGGCAGCAGCAGCGGCCCUACAUGCCGCCUCGCAGCAUCCACAGCAACAGUAUCCGGGACAUGGAUCGCCGGAGGCAAUGAAGUCCACCAGCCACGCCACAGCCAGCGGCCACGAUGAGCGGGGCAACCUUCUCUGGCAGCAGGAGGCCUCCGAAUUCGUGGAGCAGUUCCCCACAGAUCCGGUGCGACGCUGUCCGGUGCCGCCGCUGCGCCACUGCCACGCCCAUGGGCAUGGCCACGCCACGCUAGGCAAACGCAAUGCGGAUCUGUUUAGCGGGGACCUCGGUAUCCCGGAGAUCAGCACCCAUGUGGGCAGCGUGGUGCACACGUUCGAGACGCUGGCCCUGCAGCGUCGCCUGGCCGAGGCCGAGCAGGAACGGGACCGGGACCGGGAUCGGGACAGAGAGCUAAGUAAGUACGAGCCGAAUGGCAAUGCCAAUGGCAAUGGCACCACCCAGAGCAAGUACAACCAGCUGAAGCGCCGCUCGCAGGAGAUGCGACAGCGCCUCAUGCAGCAAAUGCACCGCCAGAAGCUGCAGCAGCAAGCACGAACACGGGCACAGUCCCAACCACAAACACAGGCACAGCCACAGCCACAGCCUCAGGCACCAUUAACCAACAGCUGCAGCACCCAGACCCUGGCCAACGCCCACCUCAGGCCGCAUCGUGCCCGCUCCACGGAGCAGCUGCAGCACCAGUCCACCUUCGAGGACUACCGUAAGAAUCUGUUUGGCACGCUGACGCGGCCCAGCAGCGUGGAGGAGGAGCUGCAGGACGAGUCCUUCAUCGUGAACGCCGCCUUCGAUGAGAUAUUUGCCCGCUACGACGAUGACUCCUCACAAGAGCAGGAGGCAGGUGGCAUGACGCUGACCAACACCGAUGACCUGUUCGAGGACGAACACAUGCUGGUGAGCCUGAGCGAACUGGACGACGAUGUGUUUGCCAGCAAGGCGCAGACAGCCUCGACCACACCUACCACGAGUGCAGCGGGGCGCACGCCCAAGCAUAGUACUCCCCAACUGAAUCUCAACAAAUAUCCAGCGCCGGCUCCACCACGGUCCCGGACGCUGACCAAUCUCUUUGAGCGGCUCAAGUCGGAGCAGCAUCAGCGGCUGCAGAAGUAUCCCGCCGAGUCGCAGCUCCACCAGGCGGCCGACUUCAAUCGUGGUUCCACGCUGAGCAAGUCGUUCGUGCAACAGCUGAAGCGACCCUCGCAAAAGCAGAAGCGGGCGGCCCCCAAGCCGCCGCCCAAGCCCAAAUCGCGCUCCCAUGUGGCCAUCGCCCAUGUGACACCACUGCGGCACGCCCUGAUCUUCCCCAAGCGCUCCAAGUCAUCCAAUGAGCUGCUGCUGGACGAUCUAAAUGUGCAGGCGCGUAAGUAUUACCGCAGGACGCCAGAGUUGAGCGCAGCGCUGUAGUGGAUCAGGUGUGAGCACAGAGUUAUGCACCCAUCACGCCUCUUCACCUCUUGUUAUCCUUGUUAACGCUCGUGGCUAUAAUGAUUUCCUUACCAUCUUCUUUUACCAAUUAAAUAUCCGGCAGAGGCGACGCUUUUGUAGGCUAAGUAAUUCCCAAAAACCCAACCCAACCCAACCAAACCAAGCCCCAACCCGACCCGACCCGAUCUGACCCUCAAUUUUAAAUCUGAACCGCAAACCGUAUCCCGAACCCCGAACCAGAUGUAGGAUGAGGAUGAAGGAGAGAGCAGCUAACCCGCCGCAAAACCGGAACAAAAAGUAUAGCUCGAGAGAUGUGAAUCGAACGCCGAAUCCCAAAGAGCAUUGAGCCAUAACUUGGAAUAGGAAAAUCUUGUCAGCACUCGUAACACAACAGGAGAAAAAACUAAUUUCGUAAAUUAAAAAUUAAGUGAAUUACAUUAUUCGAAACCUGCAUGAAAAUCAAAUCAAACGAUGACUAACAUAUAUGAAUAUAUACAUAACUACUAUAGCAUACAUUAAUUAUUGUACAAAUAGGAUCGGAUAGAACCGAAAUGAAAAUCAAAUGGGAAGUAAUUGUGCUGUCAACCUAAAGCAGGCACUCGAGUUUGUCUCUUUUUCGUUUGUAAUUUCAUCAAUCAGAACCGAUUAUAUACAUAUAUACAUUAUAUGAAUAUGCAUA